UGCCACGUGAGCCCACCUGAGCCACUGCUCCGUUCUCACCAAGGUCGAAAACUCUGAAGAGGACUAAAUGUAUCCCUGAUGUGGUUUUCCAGUUUCUAUCUAAAACGUCAGAACGGUUACUUGUUAGUCUUCUCAUACCGUUAAUUUUAGUGGUAUGUGUUUGAGAGUUCUGGAAAUGGCGUUAAGUUUGAGUUUUCACAGAGAGCGAUGAACUUGUAAAAAUGGAAUCUGUCAGUUUAUGUUUUUCUUUCCCGACAACUAAUUUUCUGAAGUUGCUUUAGUGAUAGCCUUAUUUCCUCUUUUGGGGGCAUUGGAAGGAUUCUGGACCCUCUGUUUGGAAAUGAGCUAAAGCAACACUGUGGCGUAUGUCCGCUGAGGAGCAUGGCUGCCAUACGGCACCAGGGGAACUUUUAUGUGACACGCACACAAAUUUCUUAAAAAAAAAAAAAAAGACUGCAAUUUGCAUCUUUGCUUUUAUAUUUCCUUUUUUUUUGGUGCAUGUCUUCGUAUCUUCUCUCUCUUGCUUGUUUGACUUUCUGGCAUUCAUUCAAAUUCUUGAUAAGUUACCGUAGUUUUUAGAACUUUUUUUUCACACCGUGUUUUGUGUAAGUUGGUGACUAGGGUGCAGAGAUGUUUAGGACAAGCUGAUCUCACUGGUGGAAACUAUGUCGAAGAUGAGAAUGAGAAUCAGCCUUGUGAUGGCCAUGAAAAAUGAGGCCGCCUCUGCUGUGGGAGCAGCCUGGUCCUCACGUGCUUUUGUGCUGCCUGGGUUCGACAGCAGGUAGCGGGGCCUGUCAGCAAAAACUCCCCUCCAGCCAAACUGUGCACCGGGCAUUUGACCAGGAGCCACCCCUGGGAUCUAGCAUGAGGCUCAUGUUUGCUGCAUGGACGCUCUCAAGAUCUGGAUUCUGGCUUCUCAGCGUUCUUGGUAAUAACUGCCUGACCUGUAUCUUCCAGAUAAUCGUUAUGUACCUUCAGGUGUUAGAGUGUGAGCGUAACCAGCACCUGGUCCAGACCUCAUGGGUAGCCUCUGAGGGUAAGUGACUAAGACUUCUCCUCUACUGUCCAAGCGCUUUGGUGCAGGGACAGCGGCCGUCCUCAGCCAGUCCAGUGCAGGCUCUCCGCCGAAGGCCGGCUCUAGACGGUGGUAUGCUCUCGAUAGUAUAGUGCUGGCCGACUGCUGCUGUGGUUCUCUGCCGGUUGUGCUUCUUGUAAUCCUCUGUCGUGCUUUGGUAAUUGUAUCGAUUAGAGUUAACUGUCUUGACUUGAAUUUUGUCCCUUUAAAACUGCUGUUCUUGUGCAAUAAAGAUGCAGUACCUUUCUCUUAAAAAUUGUUUCUACGGAAAGCCGUAAGAAUUGGCUGAUGGGAAUUCAGACUUCAGAGUGGGAUUAUGUCAUUAUUCCUGGAAGUCCUAAAGUUGCUCUUUUCAGCAGCUGAGUAUUGACACGUUUUAGUAAAAGACUCCUUAUUGAAAUGGGACAAUUUGGAAACGGUUCUUUGAUAAGCCUGAGAAGAGGACUUCCCUUUGGGCAUUGAGUCUUCCUCUGCAUGAUGUUCCCAUGCACCCAAGGGUGUUUUCCCUUUCCAAGUGGACUCCGUCACGGAACGAGAAGGGCCAGACCCUGAGCGCCUCUUCAAGGACAAGGGACACGAGAGGACGGCUUGUCUCCGAAGAGCCCUCGCAGGCUGCCUGCUCAGCCCAUUCAUUUGAGAAUUACAUGAACGACAGCCUUCGCACAGACGUCUUCGUGAGGUUCCAGCCUGAGAGCAUCGCCUGCGCCUGCAUUUAUCUUGCUGCCCGGACACUGGAGAUCCCUUUGCCCAAUCGUCCCCAUUGGUUUCUUUUGUUUGGAGCAACUGAAGAAGAAAUUCAAGAAAUCUGCUUAAAAAUCCUGCAGCUUUAUACCCGGAAAAAGGUUGAUCUGACACACCUUGAAAGCGAAGUGGAGAAGAGAAGGCACGCCAUCGAAGAGGCCAAGGCACAGGCCAAGGGCUUGCUGCCUGCUGGCACCCAGGUCCUGGACAGCACUUCAGGGUUCUCACCUGCCCCCAAGCUGGCAGAAUCCCCCAAAGAAGGUAAAGGAAACAAGCCUUCCCCCCUGUCUGUGAAGAACGCCAAGAGGAAGAUGGAGGGCAUGAAGAAAGCCAAGGCUGACAGCCCGGUGAACGGCUUGCCAAAGGGGCGAGGGAGCCGAAGCCGGAGCGGGAGUCGUGAGCAGAGCUACUCGAGGUCCCCGUCACGAUCUGCUUCUCCUAAGAGGAGGAAAAGUGACAGUGGCUCCACGUCUGGCGGGUCCAAGUCGCAGAGCCGCUCACGGAGCAGGAGUGACUCCCCACCGAGACAGGCGCACAGAGGUGCUCCCUACAAAGGCUCCAAGGUAAGGAGCUAUCGGAAGUCUAAGGACUGCAAGUACCCCGCCCAGAAGCCACACAAGUCCCGGAGCCGGAGCUCCUCUCGCUCUCGAAGCCGCUCACGGGAGCGGCCAGAUAAUUCUGGGAAAUACAAGAAGAAAAGUCAUUACUAUAGAGAUCAGCGAAGGGAGCGUUCUCGGUCUUACGAGCGAACAGGCCAUCGCUACGAGCGGGAUCACCCUGGGCACAGCAGGCAUCGGAGGUGAGGCGUGGGGCUCCCAGAGCGCUGCCCUUUGACCCUUGGUGUGCACACCCCGGUGUGACUGGCCCUGUGGUGAGACUCUUUUUGGAAGCGGCUGUUGACUCUGGACCUUGUGAUGAGUUUGGAGAUGGAAUCCAGAGGCCGGCGAGGUGCCCUUUAGGCCGGCCUGGGCACGGCGCACAGCUGUGCCGGCACAGGGCCCACCUCAGCAGCAGCCCCGUGGCCGCUGGAUGUGGACGUCCUGGUGGUGUGGCUUGGUGCUAACGACAGGCUGUGUCUUUACUCCCGUACCGAUACUGAAUUACGUUAAACCAAGAAAAUGACUAUUAGAAUCUUUGCCUAUAUUAGGUUGUACUUAUGUACAUAUUUUGCAGCGUUUCACAAUGAGAAAAUGGCCUUAAUAGCCCCUUAUUCUCUAUCCACCUUGUAAAUAAACAUGUGUUUAAUACAAGUUAAAGCUAUAUAUGAAAACUCAGAACUUGAAUUCCGUCAGCUUAAAACUUGUGUAGAGAAUUCGGAUUUUUAAAAUGUGAAGGUAUUUAGAUCUGUGUUGAAAGUCGUAUAUUUUUAUCUGUGCGAUGCUGAGUGCAGGCCACCAGCUCCUAAAUAGAGAAGUUUCCUAUAUAUGCAUUUUACGUGGUUAAAUAAACAAUUCUCUCUACUCAGGA